AUGAAGGUGGCCUUUGAGCGCACGGAGCGCCGCAGCUCCACUGCUCGCAGCGCACGACGUGCUGGCUGCAUUGUGUGCAUCGGUGGUGGGCUGCUGACCAACCUGAUCCUGCAAUCGCAUCUGCACAGCACCGACCGCGGCUUCCUCGGCGGCGUGAUUCCAGGCCUCGGGCCAAAACGUGUCAGGAGGUGGCGUGCCGCUGUGCCCAACAACAGCAGCGGCGACGGUGGCGGCGGCGGCGGCGGCGGCGGCGGGCACCGCAAGAGUGCAGCCGCGGCUACGCCAGAGGACUCUGCUGAUCGAGUGGGCGAAGAAGAGCUCGCUCUAGAGCAGACGAUGCGGGAGUCGGAGACCGACCGGCUCGGCACAGCAGCAGCCAACGCCUCGGGAGUCGGCGCCGCCGCCGGCCCCGCCGGUGGCGACGGGGCCGGCGGGCGCAGCAUUAGCACCAGCGGGUACGACGUGACGUUGGUUUCUCAGACCUCAGACGACCGCGCGUGGAUGGUGGUCCACCUGGCCAAGCGGUGGGGCGGGCCCAUCUCGAUCGCGAUCUUCUGCGUCGAGCCCGAGGAGCGGUACAUGCAGGCGGAGAGGAGGCGGCUCGCGGGCAUCGCGCGGCAGCCAGGCUCGAGCGUCGCCGAGGUGCAUGGCAAGGCAUCUGCCGGCUACCCCGUCAACUUUUUGCGAAACACUGCGAUCGCGCGCGUGCAGACCUCGCACUUCCUCCUCACAGACAUCGACCUCUGGCCGUCGACCGACAGCUACAACGAGGUGCUGCGGCAAGGCGCCGCCUUUCUGAGGCAGCGAAAGCUCGCCAUGGUCCUCCCUGCCUUCGAGUACAACGCGGGGCACACCGACUACGCCUCCUCCGCCUCGCGCGCCGCCCUCGCCAGGGCGCUCUCGCCGGCGCGGCAGCCACCAACGGCACACACGGACACCCACCUCUCCACUGACUACCCGCGCUGGUGGAGGGCGACGUGGCCUUCGCUCAUUCCUUGCUUCAAGUCGCUGCGAUACGAGCCGUACCUGGUGGUGCCGCGGCUAGACACGACCCCGGCUGCACGGCAGCGCGCCCCCGCGGUGUCAGGCUUCGACGAGCGCUUCGUCGGCUACGGGAAGAACAAGAUCGAGUGGAUACAACACCUCCGCUUCCUCGGCUUCGUCUUCUACGUGCUGCCGCGCGCCUUUGUCGUCCACUGCCCCCACCCGCCCUCCGUCUCGCGCCAAAACUGGCAGCUAUUCCGCGACAAGAAGGACGAGCUCUUUCGCAGCUUCAUCCGCGAGCACCUGCGCAACGCAUCCAUCCGCACACGCAUGUGCGAGGAUGCCAACUUCAACGGCAUGGUCCGAGAGUCGGCCGCGCUGCGCCAGGGCGAUGAGCGCCCAGCGACGUCGGACUCGGCUGUGCCUGGGGCCAGCUUGGCCAGUAGAGGGCGUUCCACUGGACGGUGA